AUGUUCAAAACAUUCACCUCGAUUCUCGCCGCCCAAAGUAUUCUCCAGGCAAACAAAGAGUCGUCACCUCUGUCACGUCUGCAAAAUCUCAGAACAACGUUAGAGCAGAUCCGCCAGAUUUCGGGCACAGCCGGUGUAUCCAUCGGUGUGCUGCAUCAUGGCCAGGAAUUGUACAAAGAAAAUCUCGGGUACUGCGACGUCGCAACCAAACAAGCCGCCGACUCGCAGACCUUGUAUGGCCUGGGCUCCCUUACAAAGUCUAUGACAGCGUUUGCAAUAGGGGAUUUAGUAAAUGAUGGCCUUUUGACCUGGGAAACCCCCGUAAAAGACAUUCUACCGGAUUUUCAGCAUAAAAGCGCUUCUGUCACCAAUCUUACCACGGUUGUUGAUUUGCUGGCCCAUCGAACUGGUCUCAGUAGUGAUAUAUCAUUCACCUUUCAGGGAGACGGGGAAGCAUUGCUACCUGCGGAGCAAAUGAUACCGACAUUCAACAACAUGGACCAAGUUGAGUCCUUCCGAGGCAAAUGGUCCUAUAAUAGUUGGGGCUACGCAAUAGCCGGUCGCAUCAUCGAGAAGCUUUCCAAUUGCUCUUUUCACGAGUACCUGAAAACAAAUAUAUAUGACAAGCUUGGCAUGGAAAAUACCGCAACACGAAUACCAUCUCAUCAUAGCGGACAUAUCGCGAAACCGUAUGCGACCGACUCCAACGCGAACCCAAUUCACCUACAAAGUCCAAUGAUAUUUGAAGAUACUUUAUUCGAGGCUGCUGCGGGUGCAUACUCUAACGUGGAUGAUCUGUUGACUUACUCCACAUCUAUCCUUACGGCCUACCGGCAUGGUGGUGACUCAGCCCUUAAAGAGCUGGAGACUUUGCUAUCUGGUCAAAUUCCAGUUCUUGGUCCGUCGUUCCGUGAGCGGUCUUACGCAAUGGGAUGGAUCCGUACCCAGCUACCUGGGACACUUGGUGUGAUGGGCGAGAAUAUAGCUAUUCUGGAAGAUGUGGAUGAGCUUCCAGAAAUUGGCCAGGGUUCGCCUUCAAUGCUUUGCAUCUAUCACCAGGGUUCGACCGUAGGGUACUACACCAAUAUCGCUCUCUUCCCAGAAACCCAAUCUGCCAUUGUUGUUCUGGCCAAUUCAAUUCCGUUGACGGAUUCACCAGAUACCAUUAUGCAAGCUCUUUCCCAGGCCCUCUUUGAUUUUCCGAAUCCAGUUGACCUUGUUUCGUUCACUGAGGAUACUAGUAAUAAGUUGAUUCAUAAAUACAAACAACAGGCGGACAAUAUCGCAUCAAGACGCCGAAUCGGGACACGGGGAUUCUCUUUACGAGAGUAUGCAGGACGCUACAUAAAUGAGCUGAAGAAUUUCGUGGUGGAAAUUCACGUGGGUCCCGAGAACAACACGUUGGAGGUCUUAUUCCAAGGCCGCGAAUCUCAGCGAUAUAGCCUCAGACACUUGGAAGACAAUAUUUUCGAAUGGUCCUUGUCGCUCGAUGAGGAGGCAGAACGUGGCAGAUAUCACAUCACAGAAGUGGAUUACUUCCUGAUUUACUUUCGCACAGUUAUGGCUCAAGUGGAUUAUCUCGUCUGGACAGGCUACAAUGAGAACCGCUCCAUCGCUAUCGUGGGCGUUGGCCCAUCCAUGUCGCGCUCUCUUGCCCUAUGGCUGGCGAGCUUAGGGUGGAACAUUGCCCUGAUCUCUCGAUCGGAAGAACCUCUUUCAAAAAUCGCGACCGAAAUCAAAAAUGCACAGAAAAAUCCUGACGCUAAAGUAGUCUACAAGACUGGUGAUACAAGUGAUCCCAGUAGUUUGAAAACUGCCCUCGACUGGUGUGUUGAGCAAUUCCAGUGCAAGUUGGACGUUUUGAAUUAA